CCCGGGUUUAACUAUUUGAAGUGCUUCUUAGCCUUGAGAAGACUCUCCACCUUUUAAGAACAGUGUCAUGCAAGCGUCCAUUACAUGAACUGAUCAAUCAAACAGGCCUUACCUCCGGACGUCCCUCAUUUCAUCAAACCACCAUCAACUCAACUUGCGAUCUCAGCAGUAGAGGUUGCAAGCUGCUCGUCAUUUUAUAUAGCCCAACUUUGGAGGUCAGAGCGGCAGAAAUAUUCCCUAACAUCUCAUCAGUGGCGAUAACCUACUUUAUCGCAAUCGCUUAUCUCGACCUUACUACAGUUUUCGGUGCGAUAAGAACAUCAUGAUUCCCGCUCAAAGAUUCGCAAAUGCGGCAAGAGGGCGCAAUGGUGCUCUUUUCAGAUCAACUUCAGCUUUAGCUAGUAAUUCAAGCAACGCAUCAUGCUCGUCAAUACUGCAAAACCGGAAAGUAUCACUACAUACCAAAUCAUCUCUUCUAGGUGGCAAGUAUGCAGGCGGAAAAGCUCAGCAAUUGCAAGAUUUUCCAUCACAAUCGCCAUUUGUACGAGCUAGAAGAAGAGAGCUCUCAUCUUUUGCUCCUUUGCAGAUGCCACGCUCUAAAGGCAAAGUGUCUUUAAACGGAGAAGGGGAGGAAGAAGAAUUCGAUGGCCGGGAUGAAGGACGUGAAGAAGCAGAGGUAGAUGCUGUACGGGAAGAUGAUGCUCGCGUUAAAGCAUCCGAGUCUGAUGGAAAAGGAUCAUCUGCACCACCUUCCGGUUCUUCCGGCUCCGCUUCAGGAGCAGGCUCAGCAAGCCAAUCUGGAGGUAAUUCAGGAAGUGGCGCAUCUUCCGGAUCGUCUUCCGAUGGUGGCUCAAAUUCCAACUCAACGUCAGUCUCAAAGCCAUCUGUUCCCGUCAAUUACCCUCAAGUUCUUGCCCUUCCCAUCACACGUAGACCGCUUUUCCCUGGAUUCUACAAAGCAGUCGUAAUCAAAAAUCCAGCAGUGUGUGCUGCCAUUCGCGAAUCUUUGAAGCGUGGUCAGCCAUACAUUGGUGCUUUCUUACUGAAAGAUGAAGAAGAUGACGCAGAUGUUAUUACAGAUCUAAGCAAGGUUCAUCGGGUUGGUGUCUUUGCUCAAAUUACUUCCAUCUUCUCUCAGCAGAGCGCCUCAAAAGGAUCUAAGGAUGGUAAAGGCGGAAAUACCACUGGAAACCCAAAUGCAAACGAGGACGAAGAAGGUUUGACAGCUGUUCUAUAUCCGCAUAGAAGAAUCCAGAUCGAUGAGCUACUACCGCCAGAUGGUAAAAGGGUCCAAUCUGAGAAAGCAGAUGGCCAAAUUACCACCACCGAUUCAUCCGCAAAGGUACAUGAUAUUCAACAAGAAGCACGAGACACAGGUGUCGUGCCAGAGAAGAACGAUGCAGAGAGUACACAACAAUCUCCCGCCAGUCAUGGAAUGCCCUACCAAACAUCCUUCUUGCAAGAUUAUGCAGUCUCGUUGGUGAAUGUGACCAACUUGGAAUCCGAAGAAUACAAGAAAGAUGACGGUCUCGUCAAGGCUGUCAAAGCUGAAUUGAUCGCAGUGUUCAAAGACAUUGCUUUGCUAAAUCCGCUAUUUAGAGAUCAAAUUGCCAACUUCAGUAUCUCUCAGGGAGCAGGAAAUGUGUUUGAAGAACCUGAUAAAUUGGCUGACUUUGCUGCCGCUGUCUCUAGCGGAGAAGUUGGUGAGCUACAAUCCGUUUUGGAAACCCUCAAUGUUGGUGAAAGAUUACAGAAGGCAUUGUUGGUACUCAAGAAAGAAUUGAUGAAUGCUCAACUACAGAAUAAGAUUAGCAAAGAUGUCGAACAAAAGAUUCAAAAGCGACAAAGAGAGUACUACCUCACCGAACAAUUGCGCGGAAUCAAGAAGGAGCUCGGAAUUGAGACUGACGGCAAGGAUAAAAUGGUAGAGAAAUUCAAAGAAAAGGCAGCCACAUUGAAGAUGCCUGAGCAAGUGCGUAAGGUGUUUGAUGAAGAAUUGAACAAGUUGCAAACGCUUGAACCUGCUGCUAGUGAAUUCAAUGUCACUCGCGGGUAUCUAGAAUGGUUGACAAACAUUCCUUGGGGCGUUCACAGUCCAGAGAACUAUUCGAUCGCCAAUGCUGUCAAUGUUCUCGAUCAAGACCACUACGGACUCAAAGACGUCAAAGAUCGCAUUCUCGAAUUCUUGGCUGUAGGCAAGCUAAAGGGAACAGUGCAAGGAAAGAUCAUUUGCUUGGUUGGUCCACCAGGUGUUGGUAAGACCUCAAUCGGGAAGUCGAUCGCCCGUGCAGUGCAACGUCAAUUCUUCCGAUUCAGUGUGGGAGGUUUGAGUGACGUCGCAGAAAUCAAAGGACAUCGAAGGACAUACGUCGGUGCAAUGCCCGGUAAGGCUAUUCAAGCUUUGAAGAAGGUCGGAACGGAAAACCCACUAGUCUUGAUCGAUGAAGUUGACAAGAUCGGAAGAGGGCAUAAUGGAGAUCCUUCUUCAGCAUUGUUGGAAAUGCUGGAUCCUGAGCAGAACGGAAGUUUCUUGGAUCACUAUAUGGACGUUCCCGUCGAUCUUAGCCGCGUUUUGUUCGUGUGCACGGCAAAUACCCUCGAUACUAUCCCACAACCUCUUUUGGAUCGUAUGGAAGUGAUCGAAGUUAGCAGUUACACAGCCGAAGAGAAGAAGCACAUUGCUCGUGGCUACCUUGCACCUCAGGCAAAGGAAGCUAGCGGUUUGCAAGAUGCCAACGUCACGUUACCUGAUGAAACCAUUGAAUUCCUUGUCAGAAGUUACGCAAGAGAAAGUGGUGUACGUCAGUUACGUAAGUUGUUGGAGAAGGUCUAUCGUAAGAUCGCAUUCAACAUUGUACGUGAAUACGGUGAAGAUGUUUUCCCUGAGCCAAAGAAUGCAGAAGCUAAGCCAGAAGCAACAGUGCAAGAUGGUGGAGCAAGCAUUUCUCCCAACUCUGAAAACCCUAAACCAACUCAAGAUGAAUAUACACCCACAGCAGCAGUCGGAUCAGCUGAAAGCAAUGCUCAAUCAGUCACACCUCCUCCACCUCACUCUGCAGUACCAGCAGAAGAAAACAAAGAGUCUUCCGAACAAUCAGCGGGAGAAGAUGGAAAUCCAAAAACCACAACAGAAGAAAGGAAACCAAUGGCAGUACCUCCAACAGUCGCAGUGAAUAUCACAAUUGACAGUUUGAGGGAUUAUAUUGGACCUGCAGUCUAUCACAAAGACCGUCUUUACGAAAGAAUUGGAAUGCCUGCCGGUGUUGCUACUGGCUUGGGAUAUUUGGGUAACGGAAGUGGUUCUUUGAUGCCGAUUGAAACGACAACGAUGCCAGGAAAAGGUAAUCUGCAAUUGACCGGUAAGCUAGGAGAAGUGAUUAAAGAAAGUGCAUCAAUCGCGCUCAGUUGGCUUAAGAGUCAAGCGUUCGAAUUGGGUAUCACGGAUGACAACAAGUCUAACUUGUUGGAAAGUCGUGAUGUGCACUUGCAUAUGCCUGAAGGUGCUAUUGGCAAAGAAGGUCCAAGUGCUGGUGUUGCGUUUGUUACCAGUCUCGUUAGCUUGCUCACCGGAAGAACGUUGAGCACUGAAUUGGCAAUGACGGGUGAAGUUUCUUUGCGCGGAAUGGUACUUCCCGUUGGUGGUCUAAAGGAGAAAUUGUUGGCCGCUCAUCGUGCAGGAAUCAAAAAGGUCAUCCUUCCCGGUCAAAACAGACCGAACGUUGAGGCAGAUGUACCUAAACCAGUCUUGGACGAUUUGGAAGUACAUUACGUCAACAAUGUCUGGAGUGCAUUGGAGGUUGCAUUCGGAGAAGGACCUUGGACACAGAAAGCACGCGAGAUGGAAAGUCUUGAAGGCAAAGACGAUGGUCAAGCAAAAGAUGUUGGUGACGGAACAGGACAAGAUAACAUCAAAGCUUAAAAUAAAUAGACAGCAAAUGCACAAAUGUAUCCACAUAUUCACCACUCUAUCUCAUAUUUAGAAGUAGUAGUUUUAAUGCAACAAGAGAUGUACACAAUUACAGAAAUUGUUUAACCCAAACCU